UGACAGUGACAGACAAUUGACAUCUUGACGUGUUGGAAAUUUACAUUGUAAUUUGUAAUCAGUUGAAAAAUAUAUUAAUAAAUAGUUGAUAAUACUUAUAUAAAUAAUUUGAUAAAAGAAAAAAACCUAAAACAUGGAGAAUAAUAAUAAUCAGUUUGGAAAUGGUACUGAUUCAUUUAUAUCAUUUCAAGAUUAUUCACCAAUAAACAGAUCAGGUGGUGCUGGUCAAGCUCAAAUAAAUGUUGAAACAUCAAAUCAACAACAAUUUGGAGUCAACAAUAUGACAAAUGAUCCAAUGUCCAUUGGAAUGAUGGAAGAUCUUCGUGGUUUACCUGAAAAAAAAGAAGCAGAAGCACAAGUAGAAAAAGGAUUUUGGACACUUGAUUAUUAUAAAAAAUUUUUUAAUGUCAAUACAAAUGAUGUUAUACAACGUUUAAAAGGUUCAAUGUUACCACAUAAUCCAGAUAAUUAUUUAUUAUCACAAAUACGUCCAAAUCCAGAUUUAUAUGGUCCAUUUUGGGUUUGUGUUACACUUGUAUUUUCAAUAGCAAUUAGUGGAAAUAUUGCAAAUUAUUGGCAAACAGCUGGAUCUAAAAAUUAUCAAUGGACAUAUAAUUUUCAUCUUGUAUCUGGAGCUGCAACAACAAUAUGUCUUUAUGUUUGUUUGGUACCAUUGGGUUUGUGGAGUGCAUUAAAAUGGUCAAGUCCACCAAGUGAUACAAGCAUGGAUGUUGAAUUGAUUGAGAGUGCACCAAAACUUGGUCUUCUUGAACUUUUAUGUCUUUAUGGAUAUUCAUUGACAAUUUAUAUACCAGUUGCAUUUUUAUGGACAAUACCAAAUGAUUGGUUUCAAUGGAUACUUGUUGGUCUUGCAUUUUCAUUAUCUGGAGGUGUUUUAAUACGAUCAUUAUUCCCAAUUAUCACUGGUAAACAAAAAAGUAUUUACGUUGCAGCUAUUCUUGGUAUGCAUUUUUUACUUGCUGCUGGUUUUAUGCUUUAUUUUUUUCAUGUACCAAAACUUGAAAAAAGUGAUUAUUUAGUUGCAACAACAACAACAACAACAACAACAAUUAAAAGUACAAUUGCACCAAUUGUAACAGAAGCUACUGCUAAAUCUGUUGAAAUUAUUAAAAAUAUUACAAAAACAGUUUAACAAUUAGAGACUAUUUAUUCAAUGUAAUUUAGUGUUUUUGAUUAAAAAAAAAAAGAUAAGAUUUUUAAUAAAAUUAAUUAUUGUAAUAAAUUUGUUGAAUGUGUGAAGUAUUUAUAUAUGAUGAAAAUUGUGAUGAUAUUAUUAUGUAUAUCAAGGUUAAUAAAUAUUCAACUUGAAUUGACCUUUUUAAUUAUUUUUUUUUUUUGCUGCAGCCUGUACCAUCUGAAAGCCUAAAUAAAUUUAAAAAAAGGAGUACAACAUUAUAUGAUUGUUAAUCAAACAAAACAAUAAACAAAUGUAUUUUUUUUUUAUCUUAUUUAUUUAAUUUUGAAUAUUCUAUUAAUAAUAUGUGUGUCUGUUGUUUUUAAAAUGUUUUUUUUUUUUUAUUUUUUGUCCUAAAAGAAAAUUUAUAUUCUUAAUUACAAUUUUUUAGCUCUUUGUAUAUAACUAUUAUUAUUGUUUUAAUAAUAUUAUAGGUAUAUUUGUUGGUUUUUUUUUUUUUUUUCAUUUGUUUUAAAAUAUUUUAUAAAUUAUAAUAUUUAACUUUGAAAAUAUCACGCUUAUCGAAGCUUGAUUAAUAAUAUUAAGCAUUAGUCUGUUUGAUUAUACUACAACAAUGUACAAGUAGAUUGACUUUGGCGGUAAAAUAUUUUUAAACAAUAAUAA